GGUACAGCCAAAGUAAACAAUGAAGUGACAAAAACAGGCGUCCCAGGUGAAUUAAACAUCGACUCUACAUUGCCUCCUGAAGAAUUUGAAGAUCAUCUUGUUCAACGUUUAAAAGGUUUAAACCUUCAGAGUGAUGCUUCAACUGUGGAACAUCACAUGACCCUUGAUCUAUGGGACUUUGCUGGUCAACAUCUUUACUAUGCGUCUUACCCAGUUUUUUUAUCGCCACGAGCCGUUUACAUGUUAGUGUACGAUCUCAGCAAAGGAUUAAAGGACAUUGCAGAGCCCUGUUUCAAGCAAGGAACUCUAAAGCGUCAUCUCAGUAAUCAAAAUAAGGAAACAAAUUUGGAAAAUUUGUUGUCGUGGCUGGUUUCUGUAAGGACUAUGUGCUUACCAUCGAAAGUGGAAGAUCUGCCGUACUGUCGCCCUCCAGUCUUCAUCGUGGGAACACAUGCAGAUGAACCACACGAAGACAUCAAAGAGAUGGAAUUGCAGAUUCAGCAGGAAAUUUUUGGAAAGGACUUAGGGCUUCACGUGAUCCCUGAUUUUUUCUCUGUCGAUAAUACUCAAGGUUCAGCUGAUGAGGGAGUGGUCGCACUUCAGAAAGGAAUGAUGAAAGUUUUGAGACAAGAACCAUAUAUGGGAGAAAGGGUACCAGUUCGGUAAGUUAUUUAGUCAAGAAAAACAUACCUCUCGCUGUCUAUUCCAGUUACUGUAUUUACUGUAAGUUUUGCAAGAAGGCAAUACGGUAUAAUUCCAUUUAGAAAUAAACUCAAGAAUAUAGCUUUUGUUUGUAUCAUUAUGUAGUUGCCGCGACUUUUCGACUGCCUACUGCUAGCCUUUUUCAGGCGAUGAGAUCGAAUUACUUUUCUACAGCCAUGUUUGGCUGUAUUUCAGUCCUGUGAGAUGAAGAAGUUGAACUCUCGGCGGUUCACUGUUUUACCAUUUUCGUUUUGUGUUUCCAAACCGUGGACAUCCACGCUUGCAUCUACUCCGUAAAUGGAUAGUAUCCAUUGAGCAAUAUGUUUUACGCUCAGUUUUAGUGAGAAAUUCAGCUAUUUCGUCUUCGGAUAGCCGUGAACGCCAUUUUACGAUAAAAACAUAUGAGAAGGGGCUUGGACUUUUCUGGCUAUUCAAGGGAACAUGUGACAGUAGGUGCCUAUAUCUAGUCAUUUUUAUUAUUGGCAUGCCUUCAAUUAACUCUGAUUUUUCCAGAAAUCGCUCAAAUGUUAUAUUUUCACCGUAUUUCAUUUUCUCUCACUGAUAAUCUUUACAUGUUAUAUACUUAAAUUGAGUCAUUACUAGCUUCUCAUAUACGAAUCAUAGCAAACAAGUCUUUCUUGCAUUUUUCAAAGUAUAUUUUGAGCAAACCCUUUUGGCAUUGUGUACACUAGUUUUACCAGUUAUGCAUUGAACAGAUUUUUUUUUUUUUUGCAGUUAGUGUAUUUUGUUAGCAUCACAUUCGGUACCACAACUAAGCACAGCACGCACAUAAUAUAUUUAGGUGCACACUUAAUGCUAUUGUGGAAAUACUGAAUCACAUCUGCCAUUUCCAUUUCAUGUGCCUCAUUUGCCACAGCAGUACAAAGAUACUUACAGGUUCUCCCCUUCUCUUUUUCCGCCGUUUUUUGCUCGUUUGUUUUUCCACUGCCCGCCCGUCUUUUUCGCUCGUCUGCACUAACCGAUAGCCUGGCACAGGCUAUUUCACUCCAACAGCGAUGUAAUGGUUCGCAGAUUUUAUAUAAGGAAUACGCUGAGUACCACUAAAUGCCCUUAGCUACAAUCAGGAAUGUAUUUUUUCUUCAGAAAAUAUGAACCCAUUUAGGAACCCAAAUAGCCUAAAUUUGUGCUAAUUACCAUUCAUGUAAGAACCUGUUUCGGCUAACUUGAGAAAAUACAGGUUCUUAGUGGCGGGUUUUUCCUGUAUUCUCCAUUGCGUACUAGCACAUACUAGAAAGAAACGUGUAGUACAAGCGUACAGUGCCGAAUUGUCAACUUUUCACCAGGAUCAUACGUAUGUCAGCUGUUUAAAGUUGUUCUGACACAUUUACAUUUUUUUAUUCUAGUAGCAGAGAUCAAGGCUUCAGUAUUGGCUUUAACUUCUGCUUUAAGCUUUUGUUUUUAUAUUUGGUUUUUAGAUGGUUUAACUUUGAGAAGGUCGUCAAAGCUUUAAUUGCUGAGGAACUGUAUUACUUAAACCUCGAACAACUUCAAGGUUAUAUCCAGACGUUUUGCUUCAUCGAAGACGAGGAUGAAGUUGCCACUAUGUUGGAUUUCUAUCAUGAUCUUGGUGUGAUUGUCAGACACCGCAGCACCGUUGUACUGCGGGCUCAAUGGCUCAUUGAGGUAUUCAGACAACUCAUAACUAUUCGCCCUUUCAGAGAAAUGGUAAGUAAAACAUAUUCAAGUGGAUAAUAAUAUCAACAUUAACAGUUUACUAAUACUGCAAUGGACUCCCCAGAAAACACCAUCCCACCGCCACAAAUUCCCUGCUUUACCAUUGUCGCAGAAACCCUGGCGCGGAUUCAUUUACAUGGAGGAUGAUUAUCACCUUUUAAUUAUCUCAAACCUAAAAGACAAACCAAGGACCCAACCUUAACUAUUGCCUUGGUCUUUUGAAACCUUGUUAGUUACAAGUUUUCCAGAGGUCAACAAUAGCGUCAUUCCAUCAAAAUGAUAUGUAUCCAUCGUCGCCCAAGACUUUUUGGCGGUGACUAGCUGUAGCCUUUUCUCAAAGACAACUUCUUCUUGACUUACUGGUUAUUUAUUGCUCAAGAGUGUAAUAUCCUUUUAGAUUCUUGUUCUUACAAUUCUCUGUGGUAAAUUAGUGUUACACCCAUUUUUAUAUCAGCCAGAAAACCAACUGCUUAGUGCGAACUAAUGCUGAGGCAAGUCUUCUCUGAUUGGUUAACACAGACUGAUUAGCAUAAAACCUUCGAGAUAAUUACUUUGUCAAAAUGUUUUUUCGAUCUAAGUUUUUACUGUUAAGCUUACAACUGGCCAAUACAAAACAAGGAUAACAAUACAAAAACUCUUUUACAAACUUUUCGUAUCAGCAGAUAGGAAAGUACAGUUUGAAAAUCCUGACUUCAUUGUUGUCGAUUUCGGAGAGGUGUGAAGCUUCUUCUCGGAAAGUGAUUGGUCAGAACUUUUCCAUAAAUCAAAUACGUACGUGAUUGGAAACUCAGGUGACAAAUUAAAAAUGCAGUUCGCGGUAGAGAGCAGAAAUUACAACCGAAUAGAUUUUUACUUGAACCAACACCUGUUAAGUGGGAGAUAUUGCAUACCAUUAUUUUUAGAAUAUUUUAAGUUGCAGAUAGAAACCAUCAACUAUAUGAAUUCGAUCGAAAACACGGGAAACUGAACAAGCUAAAAACUAACCAAAAUAAGAAUAUAGGUUAUUUCCUAGAAAUCUAGAGGAGGAGUCAAGUUAAGAUUGAAAUAUCAAACCAUGCGACAUUUUCAAAUGUAAACAAGCCUUUGUUGGGAACCUCAAUUGAACAUUUUUUUACGGUAAAAGGGCUGUCGUGGAAGUCGUGGAAGUGUACUAAAAUAGAACAUAUUUGUUAAAGAACGAAUUCAUGAAAGGAGAAGGUUUAUGUUGAUGACUAUUUUAAACGUCCAACUUGUAAAGGCAUUCUAAACAACUAAUAACUGAAUAUUCGUGAUACCUGACAUUACAUCCCAAUAAAAUAUCCCUUAGUUAACUUAUCAUACAGUAACCACUUAAGAACAUCCUCUUACGUUUAUAGCAUAGAUCAAACUUUGUAAGAGUAAACUAGAUCUAGGCUAAAAUUUCCGUAGCCUGCAUUUUUAUUGAUUAACAUAGGGAGCUUACGCAACGAUAACGACGACGGCAGUGAAAACGUGGCGAUAAAAGUGAUUUUGCGUCCACUGCACGACUACGACGUGAAGCGUCCUAUGCAUGCAACGUUUUAUGGGGGACGCGAACAUACGAGGACGAAUUUUCCUUUCUCUUUUUGAACAUGGAUAAAGUCCUUAAGAAUGCAACUCUAUGAAAACGGCCUACAUUUGAAAAAUAGAGCCAAUACAUAUAGACGGUCCCUUCUGUAGGUACGGAGGCACAGAUUAAAACACGUAAUAUAUAGAUUUAGCCAGGGCUAAAAGCGAAGCUCUCGAUAAUAUUUAUAGUUUGUUCAAACAAAAUAUAAAAUCGUGUAAUGCUAAGCGGGGAAGGCAUGCAACGCCGGAAAACCGGUGAAAAACAACAAUAGGUUUAAUUAGCAAAAACACUGAACUUUGCACGUGCAGCACACUUUUUUGGUACAUUUCUUUGCCGUUGUUUUGCACGACUACAACGUGAAACUUCCAGAAACUUCUUAGUUACUCGUUUUAUGGAGGAAAUGUCGUACGUGUUCCCGUUCACUUUUUUUCACUGCCGCUCAUUUCCACCUUGCAUUGGUGGCCACUGGCAUUUCUCAUUUCAGUCACCGCCGCUACACAAAAUUUUCAUGUUGUUUUUCCAACAAAAAAAUGUCUCCUUCGGUUUUUCAUCUCUCGCUCUAAAUCCCUGUCGCGCUUUUUUUCGUUGAGCUUCGCUGGCCUGCCGCCCACUUUCUCUUUUUCUCUGUCUCUCUCUUGCUCUAUAUUCCAAAUUUGGGGACAUGACAAUUUAUCUAAGUUUAAUACUUUAGACAACACGGAUACAGAGACAAUUUCCGCUUUCCGUAGUCUUUAUUGACUCUUUUGUUGUCUCUGCUUUACAAGACGCCAGUGGCUAUGCGAUUUCCCGCCAAAAUAACCUCGAGUUGCAUUUGGGUUGCAAUACCUGUUGAUUGAGUUAUUUUACAUUGGUAUACCUGUGGUGCGGACGGACGGUCUCUCGGGCGGGGGUGUACGGUCACGUGGUUACCAAAUUUUCUCGGAUGGGUAGAUUACUUCAUUUUCUUACCCAUGGUGCGCCGCUGGCGCGCUUCGCGCGCGAGAGCUCCGCUAUAACAAAAGAAACAAAACAACCAAACAAGAAAGCCCUCAUGGUUCCUUUGUUUCUUUUGUGAUGACGGUACCUGCAGAAAGACCCAAAUAGACGCGAUUGUCGUCACGGUUGCUUAAGCUACCUAAUGUGUUCCACAAACAACGAAAAAAAAACUCUGCUAUACCACUUGCCUAAGAUCUUGUUACUAAACCCUACGAUCAAAUCUCCUGAAACUCAAUAUUCCACUUAUAUAAUGUAUUGCCAAAAUACAAAAAAACUUGCAUGAUGUAUUACAGUUACAGUGUGGCUACUGUAACCGUAAUGGUUACAAUCGGACGACAGGAAAAUUAGAGUACUUUCCAAGAAAGUUGGUUUUGGGCCAGUCAGCAGCUCGUAAGAAAACAAAAAAUUACUCGAAGCACAAAAUUUAAAGAUUGAUAGCAAACUUUCUAAGAAAGCGAAAUUUUUCAUUAGACAAUGGUUUUUAAAUGUUUUGGUCGAUUUCGAUUCAUAUUGUUUAUUUCGUUUGGUAGUCUGACAACCAACAACAACAAUAACUUAAUUUCAUAGCAGACAGAUCACAAAGAAUAAAAAAGUGAAUGGAAAAAAAAAGGAAAUAUUUCCCCCCAACCUGCAGUUAGCGUAAGCUAAUCGAGGUGGGGGGUGAGGAAAAGAAAGAAAAUAAGAAAAACUAGACGUGAUACAUGAAUCAUAACAUUUAAAACGAACAAAAUUUGAAGCUAAAAUUGACACCCUACUCGGCGUUAUUAUUUGCUGAGAAUGGGGUAAUCUAUUAAACUGUAUUGUUAUUCAUUCAAAAUAUUUUCCCGAUUCUGAUUGGCUAAAAGCACACAUUUAAUUCACCAUAACCAGUUACUGAUGACCAAAUUUGGAAGAAUUUUGUGUUUAACGAGGAAAUGACGUCAAAAAUGCAGCGUUUUCGCAGGUUAAGGCACCGUUAACCGAGAAGACCUGGGGACGAGGUUGAGUUGUUUUGCUUGUGAACUUGAAAAAUGGCGGACAUUUCGCUCGUUUCAAGAGUAAGAACUAGGCGAAAAAAUAGCUAAAAACAUGGCAAGAACAGGAAGAAGACAACUCGAAGGGCGACAUCUGCUAUUUGGAGAAUAUUUGCGGAGCUGCACAAACCUAAACGUGCACUAUCGAAGAUCAACUUAACAUCGAUGGAUUGAUGGAGGUAAGCAUGUUUUAGCCACGUUUUUAAACUGGGAAUUCUUUUGAAUGAAUAAUAAAACAAUUAUUGAAUUCGGCUUUCGUAUCAUAUGAAGAAUUAUGGAGAUCUCGGAGGUUGUUAUCCGCCUCGGCCUACGGCCUCGACGGAUAACACCCUCCUCGAUCUCCAUAAUUUUUCAUAAGAUACUCAGCCUCAUUCAAUACUUGUUAAGUAGUUGACACUACAGCUGCCUCCGCUCUGUACCUUGUCGGUCAAUAGUAUUCAUGCUCGUUGUGUAGCUCUUUGAGGUAUACCGAUUCAUAAUGAAGAUUUUCACACAUAUUCCAUACAACAGGUGAGAUAAAUACAGGAAACGCAAGGUUCCAUGCACAGUUUCAGUUUGAUUUACACAGCUUUGAUCAAAACAUUCUUAUUUUCGAGAACAGUUCAUUCUGAACCAUAAGAAAAGACUUAAUUAGAAGUUGAAUUUUUCGCUAUUUCUCUUUCACUUUUUACGUUCAGUUCAUCUUAUUUGCCGGAAAGUGAGCCUUAGGACCUAUUUACAUGGAAGUGGGGGACCCCAGGUAGGUGAGGUAACCCGCUAAGGUGGGGUAACCUGCCUGUCCAUAUAAUCUCGCAUUUUAAUUUGAUCACUUUUACAUGAUAGGUGGGGUGACCCGCCAAGGCGGGUAGCCCGGUCUGCCAGACCGGGUAACCCUCUCAGCCGGGGUCACAUUUUGCCAUGUAAAUGUUUCAAGGUGGGGUAACCCGCCUAGCCGGGGUCAGAUUCGCGGCGAUACUGAAUUCGCACAAAAUUCACUUUGGCGGUAGCUUUGCAUCAUUAUUAAGGUAGCAAUAGAAAGCCACAGCACUGGAGGUUGCAGCAAGAGCAGCAAGCAAGUGUAGAACAGCAUCAAUCACCAUUCAGUAAUCUUGAGAAAGUGCACUCCGGGAUGGCUGGGUUGUAAGAUUGCAUGUAAAGGAGGGUUAUGUUUUUACCCUACGGAAGGGGGUUACCUCACCUACCUGGGGUCUCCCACCUUCAUGUAAACAGGCCCUUAGAAAUUAAAAGGACGUUUGAUCGAUUCACGCUCGCGCAUUCUUGUCAUGUUUUAAAGUUUAGCGGACAGAAUUUGAUUGUCGGCGAAUUUCUAUAAUCGUCCAUCGUUCUGCUAGUGAUAAGCUAGCCGUUGUUCACUCGUCUUACUUGUUUGGGGCUAAGUCUUAUUCCGGUCAAAGAGAAAGAAAGAGUGUCUGGCAAGGUUUCCAAUCAAAGAUUUGUGAACUCGUGUCUGGCAAACUCUCCAGAGUGUUUGUAUAUACACAGUUAUACGCACCUUAUAACUUCAUCUGAGCUUAAUGAGUGUCUUUUGGUCCGUAACUUUCAAAACAACUGCUCCACAGAAUGUCACUGAUAACAGGUAACGCGAAAGAGUAUCGAAGAAUGACUGCACAAUAACUGUCACAAAAGCUACCUAAGCGGUCUCUUCGGGAUGUUCUGUCAUUUCGUACUUACGGGGGCAAACAAUAGAAACGUCAUCAUUACCUACCGAUUCCUCGCGGCCCCUGUUCAGGCAAAUCGAGAUUUUUUCUGACGGUAUAUUUCAACUGUAUGUACUUUCCUUAAUAUACGCGCGAGUUACUAGAGUGCCUCCUCGGGAUUUCGCCUUCUGGGCGAAAUCCUUGCGGGGGCAAUCAGUUACAUCUAUUUUGAAGAGCGUAAAUGCUGGCUUUGAAUAGACCUUUUUACCGAUACGGCAACCAUAUUGAAUUAAUGAGAUUUAGGAGUAUUACAGGAUGCCCAGGGGGCAUGAGAACGAUCCGGUAUACUCGCUCCACAUUUACGCGCGCUUUUCUAGCCAAUUUUUCUUCAAGUUUUCCUAGCAAAAGAUUGUAAUGGGAAAAAAGAUCGUUGUGCCUUGUUUGAAUGUAAUAAUGAUCGCGUUUUCCCCGAGAAAUAUUCAGUUAAGUUCUUUUUUUGCCCAAAACUCUCGCGUAAAUACUGAGCGAGUGCUCCCUCGGCAUACAAUAAUACUCCUUAAAUCUAAUAAAUUCAAUAUGGCCGCCGUAUCGGUUAAAAGGUUUAUUAGAGCCGGUGUUGACUUCAACAUAGUCACCUUGUUCAUACUGCCUUUUUUUAAUGUUUCAAUUUCAUAAAUUGCUCACGUAAGGCUUUUGACAACUUCUUUUCACGUAUAUCAUCUAACCAUGGCUAUAAUACCAGGCUAGCAUCAAAGUCAACUUAUUAUAUUGAUCAGGUUAGAACUACAGUCGAACCUUUCUACAACGGCCACCUUUGGGACAGAAAAAAGUGGCCGUUGUGGAGGGUUGGCAGUUAUGGGGAGGUAGGGGUGUAAUGUGACAAAUUUUGUUUGGCUUUGAGGGAGUACAACAUGUACAUUGCUCGUAAGUUCAUGCUUACUGUAUCCCAUAAUGGUAAUCCAAUCAUAUACUAGUAUAUAGAGAUAAAAUACACAGAAAACUUAAUGUUUCGAAUCAAAAUGUUAACGUGGCAAAACGAGCAAGGUUCGUAACAUUCGCUAUAAGUAUCGUAGACAGUUUAUGCUCACUGCAGCAGUAUAAUGGAACACAAUCAAAAGCCGAUUGCGUGAUUUAUCAUCAACUUGCUAUACGGAUUAAAUUUCAUGACCAUUCUUGACUUUUUCAUCAGUCACCAAAAAAACUGGCCGUUGUUGGCAGUUGAGGACACGCUUUAGUGGCCGUUGCCGAUGUAGAAAGGUUUAAACAAGAGUUGAUGUAAUAAGAGGUGACCGUUGUGGGGAGGUGUCCGUUAGUGAAGGUUCGACUGUAAUUACGGUAAAUUUAAUCUAUGUUUCUCUAGCCGUUCUGUUUGGAAUAAUCUGGAUGAAAAUUUAGAAAGUAGUUAUUUACGUAUAUUCAAGAAAAAGAUGAAGGAAAAUUUUUUAUCCUCUUACUUUUGAUACUGGCUAGAAUUGUUUGAUUUACCCUAAUUAAUGUAAACUUUAUAGUUAUCUGGUACCUUUUUGUUUUGUUCUGAGGAGUAUUUUAUUUUUGUUUAUUUAUUCGUUUAUUUAUAUAUUAUUUAUCUAUUAGUUUUUUUUAUUCGUCUAAAUUUAAUAUUUAUUUCCUCUUUAUCUUUCGUGUGUCACAACCCUAUAAAAUGUAAUUUGAUCAUUGUAAAUCUUAUUUAGUUUUUGCUAUUCUGCGGUAGUUUUUUGCCUGAUCUACUUAAAUACAUUCUGUUCUUGUAAAUUUUUUAAAGCUGGCAUUUAAAAUGGACAGUUGUUGUAUGGCCAUACGCUUUAUCUAACUUUUCAAUUCAUACGUUAAUGCCAAAAUCUUUUUAAAAAUAAUCCAACGUUUUAUGCUUUUUUUGGCACCAUGCAUUUCAAUCCUUUAUAUUAUUGUGGUAGCGCCCAAGAAAAAGAUGAAGAUGCUUACAUCGUCAACAGGUGUGGCAUUUUGUUGUUAUUAAUUUAAGUGUUGUCUUCUUCGGAAUUUGUUAGGAACCGAGACAUUCCCAGCUUUGGAAUGAAAUGGAGACGUCAGGUGCCCUCCACAUGGAGCUGGUUGAUCAUGUGUUCUCCAAGUACUGUCAGCAAGGCCUGAACAAGGAGGAUAUCUUGAGCAUGAUGGAGCAGUUCGGAUUGAUCGUCAAGUUUGUCACGCCGCCAACAAAUGAAAAGUACUAUGUACCCUGUCAACUAAAGACGCCACCUAAAUUCCUUUGUGAAAUGAAAUUAUCGCCUUCAGAUCCAUGUCCACUUUACCUUAAUUUUAAAUGGGGUUUUGUGCCUCACGGUCUUUUUUUCCAGCUCUUGUCACGAUGUACUAGAUGGUACUCUGAGAAUGGUUACCAAGAAAAUCCAGAUUUUUUCGAUGGGGCUGCCCGGUUUUUCAUUGGGAAGUAUCCCUGUCACCAGUUUAUUCUCUUAUGCAGGAAAACAUUCAUCAAGAUCAUCUUGACGCAACCAGAGGAAAGUGCGUCGCUCGGUGAAACAAACAAAGUGGCUAUUACUAUACGAACGUUUUUGGAAGAGGCAGUGCAGACCCUAAAAAGCGAGGUGUCCUGGCUAAGAAACCUGAUGUGUGACUUGUGCGUCGAAUGCCCUGGCUGUUUGCGAGAUGAAGAGGCCUGUUCUAUCCACAAACAGAAGUGUUGUACUCACGAGGACUGUCUGUGCCUUCUGAAAGUAAAAGAGGGGAUACCGAAGCAUUGCCAAAAAAGGCGUGAGAUGCCUACGCUGCCUGGACUGAAAAUAUGGUUCUCACUUAAAGGUAACAAUAUUUUCGUGAGGGUGGAUAUUACCUAUUCAAAAUAA